CCCCCCCCGCACGGUGGGCCGGCGAUGCGGCGGGGCCUGGACGCGUGAAACCCGAGCACUCAGUAGGAUUUUAUACAUGUGGCAUAGAGGAUGAACUCCUCCACCAUGAACGAAGAGCCUGACGCCCUGUCAGUAGUCAACCAGUUGCGGGAUCUAGCGGCCGACCCGCUAAACCGGCGGGCCAUCGUCCAGGAUCAGGGAUGUCUGCCGGGCCUUAUCCUGUUUAUGGAUCACCCCAACCCUCCUGUGGUCCAUUCAGCUUUGCUGGCUCUUCGCUACUUGGCUGAAUGCCGUGCCAACAGAGAAAAGAUGAAAGGGGAACUGGGUAUGAUGCUGAGCUUGCAAAAUGUGAUUCAAAAGACUACAACUCCAGGGGAGACUAAGCUUCUGGCCUCUGAAAUCUAUGACAUCCUUCAGUCUUCCAACACGGAAGACACCGGCAACAUGAACGAAAUGAAUUCCCGCCGACGGAAAGCGCAGUUUUUCCUGGGAGCCACAAAUAAACGCGCCAAAACGGUGGUUUUACAUAUAGACGGCCUCGAUGAUUCGUCCCGGAGAAAUCUGUGUGAAGAAGCUUUGUUGAAAAUUAAAGGUGUCAUUAGCUUUACGUUUCAAAUGGCAGUUCAGAGAUGUGUGGUACGAAUCCGUUCGGACUUGAAAGCAGAGGCACUGGCCACAGCAAUAGCGUCUACUAAAGUUAUGAAAGCACAGCAAGUAGUGAAAAGUGAAAGUGGAGAGGAGAUGCUGGUCCCUUUCCAAGAUGCCCCUGUCGAAGUUGAACAGAACACAGACCUCCCUGAUUACCUGCCUGAGGAUGAGAGCCCCACAAAGGAACAAGAUAAAGCCGUGUCUCGCGUCGGCUCCCACCCGGAAGGCGGAGCCAGCUGGCUGAGCACGGCCGCCAACUUUCUGUCCCGCUCUUUUUACUGGUGACUGAAGUCUGGGGCUCGAGAACUGCGAACCCCAACAGGGGCAGGGGGAAGGUCCAGUUUUCCAUUGGCAUGGUGAACUGUCAAGUGCAAUUCGCAAUAAGAUAUCAAGGGGAGUUUUUAGAUGACGUAUGCUGCAUAUCCAUUUUAUUGGACGUUUAGCCUGCCUGGCGGUUGAAAGGACAGAGGCCUCAGAUGGAAUUGCUUUGUGUUUUGGUUAUUAGUAUUAUUUUUGUUUCUUAAUUUGGUGGUUUUUCCUGAACAUUUUAUUGCCUCACAUUUUUUAUAUGGGUCCACUAUGAAAAACAAACAAACAUUUAUGCAUACGCAGCUUUAAGGUUUUACUUCACAUGAGCCAUGUGAUUGGGAAAACUCAUUUUCACCUUGUCUCAGGACCUUACCGAGAAAUUCUUUUUAACUCUAAUUGUGCAUGAAUCAAUAAGCCUUUUUUUUUGUUUUUCUUUUUUUUGUGUGUGUCUUUGUUCCUUAUGAAGGAUGCUUCUUUUGGUUCUCUAGGCCAGAAAUCUAGAAGACAGUAGGUCUCCAUUGUCUUUCCUCCUUUUUUUUUUUUUUUUUGGCCUAUCAUGUUCACAGAACCUGAGUUUCCUCCACUCCUUUGUAUAUGAGACUUUCUAUGAAUUGGGAUAUCAGUAACCCCUAGGUACACUGCAGUAAUUUCCCAGCCCCUAAAACCACUGAAGUUUGAUGAGAUUUUGCAGCAAGAAAUCAAUGGAGUAGGAAAAAAAAGGAUGAAUGGUAAAUUAUGUUGUAAGCAUCUUGUUCUAGGAGAAUACGUGUAGAUGAGAAUGUGCGUGUGUGUGUAUGUUUAUACUGCUAGGGAGCCACUGACUGCUAUGUAGGCUGACAGAACAAGGUUGGAAAGCUGCGAUCUGCUGGGGUGUCACCCCCUAUAGCUUUACCUGCAGUAGGAAGUGGCUUGGAGGCCUUAGUCUAUUUGUUCCACACUGUCCUGCGACUAGCAAAAAUAUCAAUAGAUAGAACUGACAUAAACUUGAAAAAGAAAAACAAAAUUGAAUGCCUAGAAUGCCGUUGUGCCACUUACGCGAUCAAAGUUGAAAAUCCAAAAUCUACUUGUCGCCCCCUCCCCAGUAUUCCCUAGUCGUUAUUUCCUUUUAUUGCCUUUCUUGAGUUUUCUGGGAAAAUGCAGCAGUGGGAAUAAGACGGAGGGGGCAGGGAAUUGGAUUUCUGUAACUGUGGUUUGCAGACUACUUUUCUACAAAGAGAUCUUAUUCUUUUCACUUUGUUAUUGUGUGCCCGGUCCAAAACAAAAAAAAAAUAGCUUCACUGAAGGUCAGGUGGUUGUGUUUUUUUGGAGAGGAGGCAGUUAGAAUAUAAGAUAUUAGAUAUGUGAUGCAUUAGUAAGCUUUGGAGUAUUUGGAAAUCAAGAAAGUUGCUAUAUUGUACUACCAAAAUACAGACAACUAACCACAGUGCUGUCAUGAAAAAAAAAAAAUAAACCCCUUUCAGCAGGCAGAAAACGUUCUUUGUAGCAACAUCCGUACUAUAUCUGCUGCAUUUAUUUCCUCGUGACUCGAGCCCAGAAUGACGCAGAGUCCAGAACACUUUUCUCCUUUACGUGAAUGAAAAGCCUCCAGCAACCUCAGCCACUAUAAGGCACACAGCUGCGGUGGGGGGACGAGGAGGAGAAUGGGGAACAGUGGAAAACAGCAAACACCAACAAAAGUCUUGGAUUUCACCUGUUUGAAAUGUGACUCUAGGGUAGGGUGGGGGGAGGUAUUUGCAGCCUAGCUCUCUGUUUGUUUUCAGUAUGUCUAGUCUUUCUAAUUCAGGUGACACGCACAACCGAAAAUGAGUUUUUGAGUAUACUAUUGCUUUAAGUACAUAAUAGUUCUUGCUGCCUAGAAUGUUUCAGUACUGGAUGCAUUUAAAAAUUAAAAAUAAAAAACACAAACCCUCAUUUUUAUAGCCUUGAAUGAAAGUUUACUUUUGUGUUAACAUGUUUGCAUAUUUUUUGCAUUAUCGCACACGUACUUAUUGAAUUAUUACACCUCCUUGAUAUUAAUGGUUCAGUACAAGUAGGUAUGACAGUUUGACGUUUCUGUGUUAAAAAUCUAAGUGUGCUGCUUUUGCCAGUAUUGCAGCUCUUGUAGAACUGUUAAGGCAUCUGUAAAGGCAUUUUUUUUUUUUUUGGUGGGAAUGGCGGGGUGGGAGGUAUAUUGUAAAAUAAUAAAAGUAA